AUGUCAGCCUUCGACACCAACCCCUUUGCGGACCCAAUGGACGUGAACCCCUUCCAGGAUCCCUCUGUGACCCAGCUGACCAAUGCUCCACAAGGUGGUCUGGCUGAAUUUAACCCCUUUUCAGAGACAAAUGCAGCAACAACGGUUCCUGUCACCCAGCUCCCUGGGCCCUCACAGCCAGCAGUUCUCCAGCCCUCAAUGGAACCAACCCAGCCAACCCCCCAGGCUGUGGCCUCUGCAGCCCAGGCAAGCCUAAUCCGGCAGCAGGAAGAACUGGACAGGAAAGCAGCCGAGCUAGAACGAAAGGAGCGGGAGUUGCAGAACACUGUGGCCAACUUACAUGUGAGAGAGAACAAUUGGCCGCCUCUGCCCUUGUGGUGCCCUGUCAAGCCCUGCUUCUAUCAGGACUUCUCCACAGAGAUCCCUGCUGACUACCAGCGAAUAUGCAAGAUGCUCUACUAUCUCUGGAUGUUGCAUUCAGUGACUCUGUUUCUGAACCUGCUUGCCUGCCUGGCCUGGUUCUUAGUCGACAGCAGCAAGGGAGUAGACUUCGGCCUCUCAAUCCUGUGGUUUGUGAUCUUCACCCCCUGUGCCUUCCUUUGUUGGUACCGACCCAUCUAUAAGGCCUUCAGGUCUGACAACUCUUUCAGCUUCUUCGUGUUCUUCUUUGUAUUUUUUUGUCAAAUAGGGAUCUAUGUCAUCCAGUUGGUCGGCAUCCCUAACCUGGGAGACAGUGGUUGGAUUGCAGCCCUGUCUACGCUGAAGCAAGACUUGGCUGUGUCGAUCAUCAUGAUGGUGGUGGCUGGCUUCUUCACACUCUGUGCUGUGCUCUCACUCUUCCUUCUAAAGCGGGUGCACUCUCUGUACCGUCGGACUGGGGCCAGCUUCCAGCAGGCUCAAGAGGAGUUUUCCCAGGGCAUCUUCAGCAACAGGACCUUCCGCAGUGCUGCCUCAUCUGCUGCCCGAGGAGCCUUCCAGGGGGAUUAG